AUGAUGCGGAAGACCCAAGCGAAGAAACGCAACGUCCCUCUGAGACACGACAGAGGUCGUAGCUCUACACCUCGACGCGCUCCUGGUAUCGUGAAACCGUCAUCCGGCAACCCACUCCGGGUCGAACCCGUCAUUCCCCUGACCGUCGACGACGACACGAAAGCCAAACUCCUCGAAGUUCUCCAGCGCCAUGCCCCAAACUGGACAAGGCAGACCCCCCUUCGCCAUCGCCUGCUUUCCUGGGGCGUCGAUCCCAAGGACGUCACCCCGCUCUGCCGCACCUUCCUCGCCGAGCUCCUCACCGGCGCCGCCUACAAUCCCUCCCAAUUCCACGAAGCGGAGCUCGCCCGCAUCGCCGCGAACGUGCUGAACGGCCAGCUCCCCGGGCCAGUGGACCAGGCGCUCACCCGCCUCCUCUACAUGUGGGCCACGAACCCGGACAACGCCGCGCUCCUCUCCUCGCGCGUCUCCCCAGACACGACCGAAUCGAUGCACAAUUUAUACGCCUCGACCGACCUCAGCUACCCCGCCGAGCGCUUCCCCAACGCGCGCUCCAUGCGGCGUAAGAUAAUCAUGCACGUCGGGCCCACGAACAGCGGCAAGACGCACAACGCGCUCCGCGCGCUCGCCGCCGCACGCACGGGCGUCUACGCCGGCCCGCUCCGCCUCCUCGCACACGAGAUCUGGGAGCGUCUCAACAAGGGCCAGAUCGUGCCCCUCGGCGCGCCCGAGUCACUCGCGGACGCCGAUGACGCCAUCGGCCCGGACAUCGGCGACGGCAUCCCCGCAGCGCACCGUGACCCCCGCGCGCCCUACGCGCGCCAGUGCAACCUCGUCACAGGCGAGGAGCAGCGGAUCGUGAACGAGGCCGCGGGGCUCACAAGCUGCACGGUCGAGAUGCUCAGCCCCCUGCAGAUGUACGACGUUGGCGUCGUAGACGAGAUACAGCUCAUCAAGGACGACGACCGCGGCGGCGCGUGGACAUCUGCGGUGCUCUCCCUGUGCGCGAAGGAGCUUCACCUGUGCGGCGACGAGACCGCGGUGCCGAUCAUAGAGGACAUCGUCAAGGACACCGGCGACGAGCUCAUCAUCAACCGGUAUCAGCGUCUCACCCCGCUCCACGUCGCACCGAAGAGCCUUGAGAGCAACUUCAAGAAUGUAAAGAAGGGCGACUGCGUGGUCACGUUCUCGCGGAACAACAUCUUCCAGGUGAAGGAGCAAAUUGAGGAAGAGACGGGUCUUCGGUGUGCUGUUGCGUAUGGGCGACUACCUCCGGAGCUGAGGAGCAAGCAGGCGGCGCUGUUCAACGACCCGAAGAGCGGCUACGAUGUUAUCGUAGGCAGCGACGCCAUCGGACUCGGAUUGAACCUAAAGAUCAAUCGCGUCGUCUUCGAGGCCAUGCACAAAUGGGACGGCGAGACCACGCAGGUGCUUCCGACCCCGUUGAUUAAGCAGAUCGCGGGGCGUGCCGGUCGGUACGGCUUGCACGGCCAGGGCAACGCUGGCGGCGUCGUAACUUGCCUACACGAGGAGGAUAUGCCCAUCCUCCGCGCCGCCAUGGAGGCGCCGCUCGACCAGCAACGCGAGGCCCGGCUGCACAUCAACGCCGCCGAGGCUGACCCCGUCUUCCAGGCGCUCCCGCGGAACACGACGACGUCCGCCGCCUUCGAGGCCCUGCAUCAUCUCGGGCGGACGCGGCCGCCGUAUCUGUUCGUGCUCGACGCCAAGUACCGGCGCCGGACCGAGUUUGUGGACCGGUUCGCGGGCGACCUGACGCUGGCGGAGAGGAUGACACUCCUGAACGCGCCGUUUCAGCUGAGAGGCCCGCUGUCGGCGGGCGUGGCGGAGGAGGUCGUCACGCUGUACCGGAACAAGUUCGUGGUGUGGAUCGAGGCCGUGAUCCAGAAGUUCAAGCUGAAGGAAACGCUGCUCGAGGUGUUGGAUAGGAUGGAGCGCGAGGAGAUGGGGCAGAAGGCGGAGGCGCUGGCGGGCAUGGACCCCGAGUAUUGCGUCGAGACCAUGGCUGCGCUCGAGCAGCUGCACAAGACGUUGGCGGUGCAUGUGUGGUAUGGAUACCGGAACCCGGUGGCGUUCCCGGAUAUGGCGUACGCAGAAGGCAUGAAGGAGCAGGUGGAGAAGGCGAUGAACUGGACACUGAAGACGAUGGCGGGAAAGAAGAUCAAGACGAAGCUGAAGAGCCUACAGAAGAGCGAUCUGGAGGAAGAGGGAUUUUCAAUCGCGUAUGCGAAGUCUAAGAAGGCGGCGAGGGCCGCCCGGCGGUCUGCGUCGGCCUAG